AUGAGAGGCGCUCCGCGGCCGCCGCUGCGCAUCUCUGCGCGGCGCGCCGCGCGACGACUCCGGUCGCUCGACACCCGCGCCCGCGCACCGCUCCUCCCCCUCCCCCGCGGGCACACCCGCCCCGAAGAAGUCCAACUGGGAAGUGAUAGAACACUUCUCCAAGACCAAGAAGAGUCCUACAGCGGUGGAAUCAGAAAAUGGCGCCUCGCCGGCUCUGCCCUAUGUCCGGCGGGCCGGCCGGACGUCGACGCCACACCGCUACUCGGAGAUGACACCACCGUGAACCUAUACUCACUAGGCUCGCCCUCAGACGAGCCGGAGGGGUGCGGGGCGGGGUGCAUAAGCACCCUCCCCCCGCCUGUAGCCGCGCUAUGUGCGCCACGGCGUUUCCACAACCUACACGUGGAGAUGCUAUACCAACGCUACUUCCUCCGCAUGAACCAAACCAACAUGACACACCUCCUGGGUCUGCUACUAGCCGUAUCCAUGGCGCUGAUGCUGUGCCACAUCCGAGGGUUGCUGCUGGCACAAGAGCAGUUAGCUGAGGAGUUGGCACUAGCUGACAGCAGCUACACAACGCUAAUAGCCGACCUGGACUACUACUACGACUCGAUACUACGCACGACGACGGAGCCGUACGGCGUGAACGCUUCAAGCUCGCUGCGCCGGCUGCACUACGAAUACCGGCGCAACGCGCACGCCGCUAACGUCGGCGUGCUUGGAGUGUCUGCUCUCGUCUAUGCUUGCCUGCUGCUCUGCCUAAGCCGGCCGGCGAUGAACGAGAUCUACCUCCUGACCAUCUCGUAUGUCGUCCUUGCGACCUUCCUACUGAUUGAGCUGGCAGCCGUCGGCACCUCUUGCGUCAGAUCAAUGAGCAUCGGCGCCGGCGCUUGCGUGCUCUUCACCUACUUGACGUACGCGACGUUGCCAGUCCGCCUGCACGAGGCGAGCGUGGCCGGAAUCCUGCUGGCCGUUGUCAACCUAGCUGGCAACCUGUACCUGGCCCGCAACAGCGACUUGCAGAUGUACUGCAACCUGGUCGUGUUGAUGGCAUGCAACGUCGCCGGCGUGAUGACGCACCAGCCUCGAGAGCUGGCGCAACGUCGCGCUUUCUUGGAGACCAGAGACUGCGUGGAAGCGCGCCUGGUGACGCAGCGGGAGAACCAACAGCAGGAACGCCUCCUGCUGUCAGUGCUGCCGCGUCACGUUGCCAUGGAGAUGAAGGCCGACAUCGCGAGCCAGCCGCGCCAGGAGCAGUUCCACAAGAUCUACAUCCAGCGAUAUGAGAACGUGAGCAUCCUGUUCGCUGACAUCUGCGGGUUCACCUCCCUCUCGGACCAGUGCACCGCUGAGGAGCUGGUGCGGCUGCUGAAUGAGCUCUUCGCCAGAUUCGACCGGCUAGCCGCAGAGCACCACUGCCUCCGCAUCAAGCUGCUUGGUGACUGCUACUAUUGCGUGUCUGGGCUGCCGGAGGCGCGCGACGACCACGCCAAGUGCUGCGUCGAGAUGGGACUUGACAUGAUCGACGCUAUUGCGUUGGUGCGAGAAGUGAUGGCGGUGAAUGUGAACAUGCGCGUGGGCAUCCACACCGGGCGCGUUCACUGCGUCGUACUCGGCCUCCGCAAGUGGCAGUUUGAUGUCUGGUCCAAUGACGUCACACUCGCCAACUACAUGGAGAGCGGCGGCGUUGCUGGACGAGUCCACAUCACCAAGGAGACCCUUCAGUGCCUCGGCACCGACUAUAAGGUGGAACCAGGCCACGGAGACCAGAGAAACGCAUACCUCAAGGACCACAACAUCGAGACGUACCUCAUUGUGCCGGAUGACACCAGCCGAGUGGACAAGAAACCCCAGAACACAUUCUCUUUGAACGGCAACGUGUCCAAGGAAAUGAGGGUGAUGGGCCACGGAUCGCAGCACGGCAAGAAUUCCGCCAAGGUCGAGCAAGGCAGCGAGUUUAAGAAGCCAGAAGAUGAAGUGAACGAUUACCUAAUGAAGGCGAUUGAUGCGCGCUCCAUCGACAGACUGCGCGCCGAGCACUGCCGCCCGUUCACUCUCACCUUCCGGGACCACAAGCUGGAGACCAAGUACACGGCAGAGCGAGACAGGAUGCUGAAGGUGUACUUCGUAUGCUCUCUGGUGGUGUAUGCCGCGGUGACCUUGGUCCAGCUGCUGGCCUUCGACGUUGAUGGAGGGGGCAUUGCGACCGUGGUCGUCUGCGGGUCGGUCGUUCUGCUCAUCAUCUACCUGGUCUUGGCUGCGAGCUUCGAGCACACCAACGCUCACCUGCGUUCAUUCUCCCUGAAGAUCCACUCCAACCGGACUCUUGCGCAAGGCAUGUCAUUCGCACUGCUGGGUACCCUACUCCUACAGAUUCAGGUGUUGAUGGCACUGAAUAACGGUGGACCAUCGCCGCAGGAGGUAGAUGGCGUUGUUACCUACUGCCCAUACUCCAUGAAUGAGCACUACCUGCAGCUCACGCUCCUGGCGAUGUUCCUGUGCGCGGCGCACCAGGUCCUCAUCAGCUCAGUGAAGACUCUCCUGCUACUGCUGGCCACGGGCGCCUAUGUCACCAUGACACUGCUGGAGCUGUCGCGCCCAGCUGAUGUUGUCUGGCAAUGCGUCUCGCCGACCGGGCAGUGGACGAGCGUGGUGGUCGCCAUCGGCGCCGCCAUCGCCCUCAUGCUGCACGCGCAGCAGACUGAGAGCACCUACCGGCUGGACUUCAUCUGGAAACUGCAAGCCACUGAUGAGAAGGAAGACAUGGAACACCUGGAAGCGUACAACCGCAAGCUGCUCGCCAACAUCCUGCCCGAGCACGUCGCGCAACACUUCCUCUGCAGCGACAAGAACAUCGAUGAGCUGUACCACGAGCAGUGCGAAUCCGUCUGCGUAAUGUUCGCGUCCAUCCCCAACUUCUCCGAGUUCUACGUGGAGCUUGAGGGCAACAACGAGGGCGUGGAGUGCCUCCGGCUGCUGAACGAGAUCAUCGCCGACUUCGACGAGAUCCUGGCCGAGGAGCAGUUCAAGUACAUCGAGAAGAUUAAGAGCACCGGCGCCACGUACAUGGCGGCUUCAGGCCUAACAGCAACCACCCGCGACCUCCGCGGCUACCGCCACGUGACAGCGAUGGCGGACUACGCUCUGCGCCUGCGCGAGCAGCUCCAGUACGUCAACGAGCACAGCUUCAACAGCUUCCGCAUCAGGAUCGGCAUCAACAUCGGGCCGGUGGUGGCAGGGGUGAUUGGAGCCAGGAAGCCGCAGUAUGAUAUCUGGGGGAACGCCGUCAAUGUCGCGUCCCGGAUGGACUCAACGGGACUCUUGGACCAUAUCCAGGUGACUGAGGAGGUGUAUGACAUCCUGGCGUCGCGAGGGUACAGGCUGCGGUGCCGGGGCACGGUCGAUGUCAAGGGGAAGGGCAACAUGGUGACUUACUUCCUAGAGGGCGUUGGGGAGACCAUUCCGAACGGCAUCGCGGAUAUUUACAACAACCCAACUCCGUCGACGUCCCACGAGUUGGAGGUGCGACCAUCGCCGGCGGACCACAAGCCCUUGGAGACGUUAUCGGAAGAGCAUCGCGAAGAUGUGUCUCCACGAGCAUCCAUCCCUACUGAGAACGACUCAGCCACCACACAGAGCCCUCGUCUAGCGGCGUCGCGAGAGUCUCUCGCCGGCGCCGUGCGAGCCCGCGUGAGGAAGAGACUGGAGCGGCCAGCGUCACUGGCUGAAUGCCCGACGCUACCCGUCCUUCUCUCCGUCCUGCAGGCUAGGGCUCACUCAACGGACGUCCGCCUCCCCACGUCCCACAGCAGCGGCGACAUUGAAGCCCUGAUUCAGCCGCGGCGCUCCGCCAGCCUCGCUGACUUCGUGCGCCGCAAGCCAAGGGUCAACAUCAUCGAGAACCCGAUGGUCGUCAGCCCACUGCCGAACGAUACGCCCAGCCCGGAUAGUCCGGCUACAGCUGAUAAUGUCAUACUUACUGUGGCCCAGACACACUAGGAAUAAACUUUGAAAUUACACAAAGAGGCUGGAACUCUGCCAGCCUUAGAAUCGGUGCGCCGCAAGGAUGAGAACCCAAUGCUUGCGCUUAGCAUACGUAAAUGGCUUUGGUUUUUAUAAGCUGAAAUGAUCGCCUGCUUAUUAGUGCAAGUUUGGCAAAACUACUUGGUAAAAUUUGUGGAACUUGCACUGAAAUCUUAGCGAUGAUUUCAAUGUUUACAAAACGAAGUUAUGUAUACUAGGCGUAGAGAUAUGCGUAUGAAGACACGAUCGGUAGACAACUAAGAAGUGAGCUUUGUUUGGUCACUCCGAUGCGGAGCUAUAGACACAUUGGAUUUGACUUCUGAACACGCUAGCUUUUAGUCUUUUUAAAGAUAUUUGACCAGAAUUUACUUUGUACUCUUUUAAUGUAACUUGUCUUUACUCGAAAACUGUGGCUGUAGACAUGAGAAUUCAGAGAUCAUAAUUAGAAAUAUAGAAGCGCUGCACGGUUAGC